CACGCGUCGCUCGACCUUGGCAACUGCUCAGCUUCUACGAAACCGCGCGAAGAUGGUCAAAUCGCUCCAGGACAACAAAAAUUUAAGCUUCCUUCACCCGGCCACUUCAGAGACGCAAUUUAGUCGCAGCUUCAAGAAGCGUGAGGCAAAGGACCGACUCUCACGACUGCCUAAGCAUGGCAACCCUGGACAGGGUCAAUGACACCACAUCUUGAAGGCAGUUGAGCAUACAAAGCUGUCUUCUCCUCAUUGCAACGAUAUCGUAUCCUGGCUGAAUGGCGCCUGAAUCCAUUAGACUUGACUGGCCACCGAACCUCCCAGUCUUGACCAAGGCCUUCGACCACAUACACGCUACAAUGACUGGCACGCUCGCGCCCGGCCAGGAGCUCGCAAAACUCUCCAGCGUCUACAUGUAUCUCCCAAAGUACUUCCGUAUCGAAGAAGGCACAGUCUUCCCGCAAAGCCCGUUCUCCACGAUCAAUGGCAGCAAGUCGGUAUUCUGCUCCUACUCGGAGAAAAUGGAUAUCAGAUGCUCAUUCCUCACUACGAUAUUGGUACGGUCGCUAACACGAAUGCUUGCAGUAAAGUCCUGGCCGAAUACACGGGAAAUCCUCGUGUGAAGGCGAUGGUCAACGCGCGACUCGCUGCAGGCGUCGUUGCGGCCAACAUCCUUGUCCAUAUACAUAGAGUGUCGACUCACCAUGCCCUCUGAAUGAAGCUACAUGUGCCGGUGAAGGGACGUCGGUACGAUAAGAGAUCACGAUGGAUCGAAUAUACGUAGGCUUUACGCGC